UCCAUUUGUCGGCUUCAUUAUUCUCUACUAUACUCAAUUUUUACUGUCACUAUUUACUCACAGAAAUUCAUGUUUGAUGAUCUCAUCAUCAUUUAAUUAUAUUUGUUUUUUUGCUCUCACUUCUUUCACAAGUAACGCCUAGUGAGUAAAAGAGUGAGUGAAGAGCAUUGGUUAUUAUAUAUAUAUACAAGACAAAGAUAUAUUCAUAUGAUUCAUUGAUGAAAUAAAAAUCAUGGGUUUUUGUUGAUUUUGAAUUUUGAGCUGAGUAGUUGUUUUUGUUGUGGUGGAAGAAGGAGGAAAUGGGGCGUCGGGCUGCCGAGUUUCGGCGCCCGAUUCGACGAAAGUUGUCUUAUGGGAUCUGUUUUCUUCUUGGAGCAUUUUCUGUUGUCGGUUUGGUUAUGGUUUUUGUUCAACAUAAUUACCAUCAAGAUCGGGUCCAACAUACCCUUAUGGAGAGGAAUACAAAGGAUGAACAUUUUCCUAAGGAUAGGCUGAAUUUUACUGAAGAAAUUUUAAGUGCGACAUCUUUUUCAAGGCAAUUAACAGAGGAAAUGGUUCUUGCUAAGGCUUAUGUGGUUAUUGCAAAAGAACACAAUAAUCUUCACCUAGCAUGGGAGCUUAGCUCAAAGAUUAGAAGUUGUCAGCUUUUGCUUUCAAAAGCCGCCAUGACUGGAAUGCCUGUUAACAAGGAAGAAGCCGAACCGAUUAUAAGAAGCCUAUCAACUUUAAUUUUCAAGGCGCAAGAUAUCCAUUAUGACAUUGCAACAACUAUCGUUACAAUGAAAUCACAGAUUCAAGCACUUGAAGAGAGAGCGAUUGCAGCUACAGUUCAAAGCAACGUGUUUGCUCAAAUAUCGGCUGAAGCACUACCGAAGAGUCUUCACUGCUUACAUGUGAAACUUACUUCUGAUUGGCUUAAGAAACCUUCCCUGCAGAAACUCUCGGAUGAGACGAGAAACUCCCUCCGGCUCACAGAUCAGCAUCUAUAUCAUUUCUGCAUCUUUUCGGAUAAUGUACUGGCAACAUCGGUUGUUGUUAACUCAACAGUUCUCAAUGCUGAAUUUCCAAUAAAGUUAGUUUUUCAUAUCGUAACUGAUGGUGUCAACUAUGGAACGAUGCAAGCAUGGUUUCUCAGUAAUGACUUUAAAGGAGCAACGAUAGAGAUCCAGAAUGUUGAAGAAUUUCAUUGGCUGAAUGAAUCUUAUUCUCCGAUUGUCAAACAGCUGCUCGAUUCAGAAUCUCGAGCCUUUUAUUUUGGGGCAUAUCCAGAUGUAAAUGCUGAACCGAAACUGCGGAACUCCAAAUUUUUGUUAUUACUAAACCAUCUUCGGUUCUACAUCCCGGAGAUUUAUCCACAACUUGAGAAGAUUGUUUUCCUUGAUGAUGAUGUUGUUGUCCAAAAAGACCUAACACCACUUUUCUCACUUGAAUUGCAUGGAAACGUAAUCGGUGCAGUCGAAACCUGUCUUGAAGCAUUUCACCGGUACUACAAAUAUUUCAACUUCUCAAAUUCAAUCAUAAGCUCAAAGUUUGAUCCACAGGCAUGCGCGUGGUCGUUAGGCAUGAAUGUUUUUGACUUGAUUCAAUGGAAGAAAGCAAAUGUGACCGCAAUAUAUCAUUAUUGGCAAGAGAAGAAUGCCGACGGCUCACUCUGGAAGCUCGGUACACUUCCUCCUGCACUUCUUAGUUUUUAUGGUUUGGCCGAACCACUUGACCGGAGAUGGCAUGUUUUAGGAUUAGGGCAUGACCUCAAUAUCGAUAAUCGACUCAUUGAAAGUGCGGCUGUUAUUCACUUCAAUGGGAACAUGAAACCAUGGUUGAGAUUAUCUAUAAGCAGGUAUAGGCCACUAUGGCACAAGUACAUAAAUCAAAGUCACCCUUAUUUUCAAAUAUGUGCUAUAGGUUAAAAUGCACAAUUUCUUGAUUGCUUAUAGAUUAUGCAAUCACAAAUUAUUGUAGAGUCAGAAGUAGAUAUUUUUGACUUGAAAUCACAAUAUCUUCAAAUAGAAAAGAAUAAAGUUUUUGCCAUUGUUGUUUUUUU